AUGAUGAUUUCUAUCAACAACGACAACCUUCUGCCAACGUCUCACAAGAUCACGGAUUCCUUUGGAGUAGAAUUCCGGCGACUUGGAGGCGAAGAAAGCCCGAAGGUCAUUUUCGAGGUGGUCACGAUCAUCGUAGCGCUUCUCUUCCGGGUAAUUUUGAAGCGAUCGGAAGAGAACGUUGUCGAGCUUCGGGUGCUCCUUGCGGAUCUUGUCGGCCUUUCUCUGCAGUUGAGCGCAGCAGACCUAGGCAGCAACUGUCGUGUUGUCCGGCAGCAGCUCGAAACGGUAUAUUCCAUGAACUCCCCACCAGACGCUCAGCAUGACCUUCUUCUCAUGGAUUUCACCUUUCACGAAAGGAUCCGGCAUUUCAUCGCCAGCGCACCACGCACGUUUGUAGGUGGGGUUGAUGUAGAGGACCCAUUUUUCAUCUCCAAUGACAAUGGCGUCCAGCCAGUCGAAUCUGCGGCUUCUGAAGAGCAGCUGAAUGCAGAUGUCUUUGGCGGUUGCCGUCGCUCAAUGAAUCUGGGAGUCACUGACCGAGCUUUUUCACCAUUCCGAGAGAUCUCAGUCCAUUGCUCACGGUGGACAACGAACAGCCAAGACUCGCAGUAA